GUCAUUUCUCGUCCUAUUCCCAGAGACGAGAAAAGUUUGGUAUGUGCAAGAAGAAUAGCCAAUAAACAGAUAAAUAUAUAUAUAUAUUUAUAUAUAUAUAUAUAUAUAUGUGUGUAUAUUGAUAUAUAGAAUAAAGAGAAGAGAUUAGAAGAUAUCGAAAACUAAGAAGAGAAGUAGAGACAGCUAGUUUUUCAACAGUUUAUCAUCUCAUUUAAAUAGAAAGAAAAAAAAGUUUCAUCUUAUUGAAAAAAGUCAAAGAUUCUAAAUUCUGAAUUGAAAAUGAAAACUAUUUGUUUUCUAAUAUUCAUUGUUCUAAUUGCAGUUGCAUUUGCAGUUCAGGUUUGCAAUUUUUCUUUUAAAGGAUUUUAGUUUUUUAUUACAUUAUUUUACGUAGGUUAUAUAUUUCAUUUCUAUAUUAAUAUGUUAAAUAUGAUAUAAUUUUUGAAUUUGUAAAGAUUUGUAAGAUGAACGGUUUAAUACAUUUAAGAGAAAUUCUCUGUUUAACGCCAGCCAAAAACAUGGCAAAGCUAUCAACAUGUCAUUUGCAAAAGCUCAUUACAGGCCUCGUAAAGAUAGAGGCUGGUAUUUUGAUGCUAUCGAGGCAAGGGAGGCCAAUAGGGAUUUAUCAUCCCGUUUUCGUAGAGAUCUCGAACCGGACGCGCUAAUCAGACAGAAGAGAGUUAAAAGAUCUCUCAAGCGUUUCGGUGACGAUGAUGAAGACUAUGAAGGUGCAGAAAACUUAAAAAGAAAAAGGGAAUGGAGAAAGAGAAUUACGAAGAAAAGAGACGAUGAACAAGACGAAUUCGACUUUGACGAAAUACGUGAACUUUUGGCAAGAGAAGAACUACGUAGGAUGAUAGAAGAUGAAAAAAGAUCGUAUCGUCGUCGUAAAAGAAAUUAG